UCUCCUCCGCUUCUCUCUCUCUCUCCUCGUUCCUAACUACCGGGAGAAAGGGAGAGAGGAGAGAGAGAGAGAGCGCGCGAGAUCCCAUCCCCUCCCCCUCCGCCGCUCCCAAACCCUCGCCGCGGCACCAUGGGGGACGCUCCACUCCCCACUCGCUGGAGCUUCGAGGAUUUUAAGCUGUAUUACGAUGUGAGAUUCGGGCGGAAGGAGGAGCCGAAGCAGGAGGAUUCGGAUGGGAGAUCGAAUGCGAAUGGGAGCUACGCGAAUGGCGCGAUCAGCGCGAAUGGGAGCGCCAAGAAGAACGCCUCGGAUUUGGCGAUCUUUGAGCAGUUUGAGCGGCAGGAGAGGAAGAUGGAGAUGCGCCCGGGAGUUAUUUCGGAAAGGGGUGACUACGAAGUGCCCCAGAAAUCCCUACUUCCGCCUUUUGAAUCCGCCGAAACUCGUACACUAGCAGAGACAUUAUGCAGGGAUAUCAUUCGUGGGAGUCCAGAUGUGAAAUGGGAAAGCAUCAAGGGAUUAGAGAACGCGAAACGUCUACUUAAAGAAGCAGUUGUCAUGCCCAUAAAAUAUCCGAAGUAUUUCACUGGUCUCUUAUCACCUUGGAAAGGAAUAUUACUCUUUGGCCCUCCAGGCACAGGAAAGACAAUGCUAGCAAAAGCUGUGGCUACUGAGUGCAAAACUACUUUUUUCAACAUUUCAGCAUCAUCAAUUGUUAGCAAAUGGCGAGGUGACUCAGAGAAGUUAGUGAAAGUUCUAUUUGAGCUUGCCAGGCAUCAUGCACCAUCUACCAUAUUUCUUGAUGAAAUUGAUGCUAUCAUUAGUCAACGUGGUGAAGCUCGAAGUGAGCAUGAAGCAAGUCGACGUUUGAAAACUGAGCUACUUAUACAGAUGGAUGGCUUGAUGAAGACAGAUGAGCUCGUAUUUGUUUUAGCGGCAACAAAUCUACCGUGGGAGUUGGAUGCAGCAAUGCUCCGCCGUCUUGAGAAGCGUAUUCUUGUACCCCUGCCAGAGUCAGAAGCAAGACAUGCAAUGUUCGAGGAGCUUCUGCCGUCAACACCCGGAGAGGCGGAGAUUCCAUAUGAUAUUCUGGUGGAAAGGACGGAAGGCUAUUCAGGUUCUGAUAUCCGUCUUGUAUGCAAGGAGGCAGCGAUGCAGCCGCUGAGGCGUUUAAUGGCUGUUCUCGAAGGCAGACAAGAACAGGUACCUGAGGAUGAAAUGCCCGAAGUUGGUCCUGUCACGCCAGAAGAUGUUGAGCUUGCUUUAAAGAAUACACGACCAUCAGCCCAUCUACAUGCACACCGCUAUGAAAAGUUCAACCAGGAUUACGGCAGCCAAAUUCUUCACUAAGGGCAAAAACGUUUGGCUUGUUCCGAGAAACGCCGUGGAUUUGAAGCAUUUCACUGGAAAAGUUCAAAGGGGCUCUUCGCAAUGUGCCAUUGCUGCAGUAUGAUUGGCAUCUAUGCAUCUACACCUGCAGCUUAGGAUAGUUUUCAUUUUGGAAAAGGUUAUUUAUGGAAAUUCUUUCCCUCUAGGGAGAACUUGUUCCCUUAUAAUUUAAUAUUGUUGUACAUUAAUUGUUAUUUGUCAAGUUAUUUAAUAGGUGAGCCACUAUCUUUUGUGUAUUAUUCAAUUAAGUACAUAAACCAUGUCAAAAAAGGUUCCUGAAUUAUUAAUUGCUCAUUUCUCCA